UUUACUUCCUGUUUUAGAGCACUAUUGACAUUUCUUAUACAGUCAUAUCUCACGUCUGUCAAACCGGACUUCUCUGGACUUUUUCAUUGUCUCUUAGUUUAUCUGUGCAGCAGAUUUAAGUGGGAGAAGAGGAAGCUGUUAGCGAACGCAAUGAGCGGGCUGCAGGAGCCCAGCAGCCGGACAGGAGAGAUGAUUUCUGGGCUGCUGUUGGUGCUGCUCGGAGGUCUGCUGGAGGUCUGCAACGGUGUGUCCGCAAACAGAGGCGGUUAUCCUUCCUUCACAGAUGAAGUUCCGUUUAAAAUCACCUGGCCAGGCUCUGAAUUCAUUCUGCCAACUUCAGGGGCACUUUACAGCGAAGAUGAUUUUGUCAUAAUGACAACAGCAGAGAAGGAGAAGUACAAAUGUCUGCUGCCCUCUCUGACAUCUAAAGAUGAGGAUGAUGAUAAAGGUUACACUGGACCCAGUCCAGACGAUCUGCUGGAACCUCUGUUCAAACGAAGCAGCUGCUCUUACAGGAUUGAGUCAUACUGGACUUAUGAAGUAUGCCAUGGAAAGCAUAUAAGACAGUAUCAUGAAGAAAAGGAGACUGGACAGAAAAUAAGUGUUCAAGAGUACUUCCUGGGGAAUAUGGUACAAACAAGCCAGUCAGCAGAGACGGAUCAAGCUGAAAAGAAAGAAAAUGCUAAAGCAACAGCAGAAACAGAAGUGCCCACUAAAAAUAUAGAGGGUCAGCUGACUCCUUACUACUCAUUGGAGAUGGGAAAUGGGACUCCUUGUGUGCUAAAACAGAACGAGCCACGCUCCUCAUCUGUGUUGUACGUCUGCCAUCCUGAGGCCAAACACGAGAUCUUAUCCGUUGCUGAGGUCACCACCUGCGAAUAUGAGGUUGUUGUAUUGACACCUCUGCUAUGUGCCCACCCAAAAUACAGGUUCAAGACCUCCCCAGUAAAUGCCAUCUUCUGCCAGGCUCUGGCCGGCUCCCCUCUGAGGCCCCAGCGGCUUGUCCAGUUAGACAAGGAGCAAGAGGAGCAGCUUAAGCCACCUUUCAGCACCGACACCAGAGAGGAGGAGGUGGCACCAGUUAGAGAGGAAGCUUUCACCUCUACUCACAAACCCAUGACUGUGGGAGGACAGUCUCAGGUCACCGUCGGCACCACUCACAUCUCUCGUUUGACAGAUGACCAGCUGAUCAAGGAGUUCCUCAGUGGCUCGUACUGUCUGCAUGGGGGGGUGGGAUGGUGGAAGUAUGAAUUCUGUUACGGAAAGCACGUCUAUCAGUACCAUGAGGACAAAGAGCAAGGAAAAAACAUUGUGGUUGUGGGAAACUGGAAUGCAGAGGAGCACAUCGACUGGGCCAAGAAGAACGUUGCCCGAUCCUACCAUCUUAAAGAUGACGGAGUACAGAAAGUCAAGUUGGUUUCCCACUUUUAUGGCCAUGGGGACGUGUGUGAUCUGACCGGGAAGCCCAGACAGGUCAUCGUCAAGCUGAAAUGUAAGGAGUCUGAGUCUCCCCACGCCGUCACAGUCUAUAUGCUGGAGCCUCAGACUUGCCAGUACAUCCUUGGGGUUGAAUCUCCAGUCAUAUGCAGAAUUCUUGACACAGCUGAUGAACACGGACUUCUGUCAAUCUCCAGUUAGACUGACAAGUAUCAUAUGAAGCACAUGAAGGACAAGAGUACACGUAAUUUGAUCAGAAGUCUGAUUGGUUGAAGAUGCCAGUGUGGACAGAGCCAAAACUGAGGUUCAACCUGAUCUUGAGGCUGGACUUUAUAAAAGCCGAGGAGCACAGCCUUAAUCCUGAAAUGUGCAGCUGGUGAAGCUACAUCAACUGAGUCCAACAGGCUAGUUAUAGCGCAAAGAGUGAAACAGAGCUUAUGACUCACUCCAAAUGAAAAUGUUGCCUCAAUUACAUAUCUAUGCUUCUCUUCACGCUGAUUAAUUGCAAGUUUU